AUGUAAUAAAUUGAUUAAUUCAUAAAUUUUGUUGGAUUAGAGGCAUGUGACUAUGAAAAAACCCUUAUAGGGAUUUCGCAUUAUCUAGGAUUUAGAAGGCCAAGUUAUCUAGCUUUGCUAUAUUUGUCAUUCUCCCUAUUGUUGAUUUAUUUAAAUAUUCAACCGCAAUUUAUUAGUGACUUUAUUGGAUUUUGUUUUCCAACCUUUAAAACAUUGUAAGCUUUAAAUUCCAUAUGUAAAAUAUUUAAAUAUUAAUUUUAGAUGACUCUCAAUUGAAAUGGAUAACUUAUUGGAUAAUGUACUCACUAGUGGUAUUGAGUCACAAAAUAAUUCUUUAUUACAUUCAAGCAUACACUCUCUAUUAUAUUUUGAGAAUUGCAGUGUUUAUAUACUUGUUUUCAAGUGGAGCAGAAAAAUUGUAAUAAUCCAUAGAAAUCCUAUACAAAAAGUAUUCAUAGAGCAUAGAAAGAAAAUUGGAGGAAUUAAAUUAAAAAUUCACUUUUUGAA